CUGUGACCACCAGACACGUUAGAGGAUUUGUUGAAGAGUGGUGUCUUUGAGACCAGAUUCGCCCUGCACAAGGGGGAGGAAGGCCUGAAGAAGAAUUGGGCCCAGUGGAGAAACAUGGUCCGCUGCCAGCCCAUUGAUGACAUCAGGGACUACUUUGGCGAGAAGGUGGCCCUGUACUUCGCCUGGCUCGGCUGGUACACCUACAUGCUGGUGCCCGCUGCGGUGGUGGGCCUCAUCGUCUUCCUGAGCGGCUUUUCCCUGUUCAACGCCAGCCAGAUCAGCAAGGAGAUCUGUGAGGCCCACGACGUCCUCCUGUGCCCUCGCGGCGACCACAGCCGUAGGUACCAGCAGCUCUCGGACACCUGCACCUUUGCCAAGCUCACGCACCUCUUCGACAACGAGGGCACCGUGGUCUUUGCUAUCUUCAUGGCUCUGUGGGCCACGGUGUUCCUGGAGAUCUGGAAGCGGCAGCGCGCCCGGGUGGUCCUGCACUGGGACCUGUACGGGUGGGAUGAGGACCAGGAGGAAAUGGCGCUUGAGUUCAUUAACUGCCCUGAUUACGAGCUGCGGCCACACCAGCACUCCUACCUGAGAAGCUCGGUCAUCCUCGUCCUGUCUCUGUUCAUGAUCUGCCUCAUGAUUGGUAUGGCCCACCUCCUGGUGGUCUACCGUGUGCUGGCUGCUGCCCUCUUCAACUCCGCCUUGCUCUUCCAAGAAGAGCAGGUGACCACAGCCGUGGUGGUGACCGGGGCCCUGGUCCAUUAUGUAGUCAUCCUCAUCAUGACCAAGAUCAACAAGUAUGUGGCCCUCAAGCUUUGUGACUUUGAGCAGCCCAGGACCUUCUCAGAGCGCGAGAGCAAGUUCACAAUCAAGUUCUUCACACUCCAGUUCUUUGCUCACUUCUCGUCCCUCGUCUACAUCGCCUUCAUCCUGGGCAGGAUCAACGGCCACCCCGGGAAGUCUGUGCGCCUGGCGGGGCUGUGGAAGCUGGAGGAGUGCCAUCUCAGCGGCUGCAUGAUGGACCUGUUCCUGCAGAUGGCCAUCAUCAUGGGCCUAAAGCAGACGCUCAGCAACUGUGCGGAGUACCUGAGCCCGUGGCUGGCUCACAAGUGGCGCCUCACGCGGUUCAGGCUGGGCCGUGCGUCCGGGGAGCCCGAGCUCAGGGGCCUGUGGCGCAACUACCUCCUGAACCCAGUUGGCACCUUCAGCCUCUUCGAUGAGUUCAUGGAGAUGAUGAUCCAGUACGGCUUCACCACCAUCUUCGUGGCCGCCUUCCCGCUCGCCCCGCUGCUUGCGCUCUUCAGCAACCUCGUGGAGAUCCGCCUGGACGCCAUCAAGAUGGUCAGGCUGCAGCGGCGCCUGGUGCCCCGCAAGGCCAAAGACAUCGGGACCUGGCUGCAGGUGCUGGAGACCAUCGGCGUGCUGGCUGUCAUUGCCAAUGGAAUGGUCAUCGCCUUCACGUCCGAGUUCAUCCCCCGAGUGGUGUACAAGUACUACUAUGGCCCGUGCCGAACGGGGGCCCAGCCCACUGUCGACUGCCUCACAGGCUACGUCAACCACAGCCUGUCUGUGUUCUACACCAAGGACUUCCAGGACCCCAUCCAGACGGAAGGCUCGGAGAAUGUGACCCAGUGCAGGUACCGGGACUACCGCAAUGCUCAGGACUACAGCCUAUCAGAGCAGUUCUGGGUCCUCCUGGCCAUCCGCCUGGUCUUCCUGAUCCUCUUUGAGCACGUGGCCUUGUGCAUCAAGCUCAUCGCGGCCUGGUUCGUGCCUGACGUCCCUCAGUCCGUGAAGAACAAGGUCCUGGAGGAGAAGUACCAGAUGCUCCGGGAGAAGAUGUGCUCCAGCUCCAGGAGCACAGAGGUGUAGGAGAGCC